AAAAAUUCUAUUUAUUAUUAGUCUAAACUAAAAUGUAAUAUGAAUUUCUAUGAAUAGGUCCAUUAGGUCCAUUUUUUAAAAAAUCACACAUGAAUCAAGGUUGUGACUUCUGUUUUAAUAUAUAAGAUAUGCUUUUGGAUAAAAAAAACUGCUAAAAACAAAAUUCAAUUAAAUUAGUGCCACAAAAAUGAAACUAAAGCAACAAAAUCUUAACUAGAUCAUAAUAUUUGACUUACAAAAACAAAUAGACUAAGUUAAUAAGUUUUAUACCAGAACAAAUGUUUUAAAUGAUGCAAAUCUACUAAUAAUAGCAAUCCUAAUUAAUUCCAAAGGUUGUGAAUCUACUUAUGUUGAAAGGUUGUGUCUUUUGAAAAAAAGUUUAAAGGUUGUGUUUUUUCUAAAAGUUCAAUGUUGGAAGGUUGUAUCUUUUCUAAAAAUUGUCUAAAGGUUGUGACUAUUCAUAUAAGUAUAUAUUUUACAAAGUGAAAAGUUGUGACUAUUCUUAUAAGUAUCCUUUUAAUAUAACUACUUUUAAAUUAGAAGAAUGCGACUAUUCAAACUGAAGGGUUGUGACUAUUCAAAUAGAUUUUUACAAUCUAUAAAUAGUCUCUUCUAUGCAUUUCUCAAAAUAAAGUUUUCACUAAUCAACUAAUAAUAAAAUGGUGGAAAAAAAGUUCUAAACAGUUACAUGGAUACAAAUUCUUAGAAGAUAUUCAAAUGAAGCGUUAUAAACAAUAAAUAUUAGGAAGAGGUUUACGUGUUUGGAUAGCUAAAAAUACAAAACAAAAUAAUGAAAUCAUUAGUCUCAAUUUUCUUAUACUAGAUGAAAUCAUUAAUAUGAAAGUUAUAUUAAUAUGAACUUCACUCGUCUGAAGAUUUGAGGGAAGAAUGAAUAAUUUAGGCGAACCAAUGUUACAGAGCAAUUGCGGUUGAAAUAUUAAUAUGAAAGUUGUAUCUCUUAAUUUUCUUUACAUAAAAAUUGCAUUUAAUAGUUUUUGUAAUGAAAAAUUGUGUUUCUUGUUUUUAUUUUGUUCAUAUCCAUUUAUUAAUGAUUCACCUAAAUAUUUACAAUUUUUUAUAUCUAAAAAUUAGUAUAUUAAUAUGAAAAAUUGCAAGAAACACAGGAAAAGUCUACUCUGAGAGAGAUAACGGUUACAAGAUUGAACCGGCAUGAAAUUAUAGCAACCAUCGUGUACCAUGAGAUCCAACUUUUAAUGAGACUGCUCUCUUAUGAAAAAAGACGCCAUAGAAGACGGAGAUGAGUGGAGACGAUGCCAUUGUCAAAUACCAAAUAUAUUUGGGAAUACAAUACAACGUCUUUAACUAAAUUGUCGUUAGUUAAAUUUAAAGAAUGUCUUUAACCGCCGUGAGGAAAGAGCACAAAGAGUCAAACACGUUAUUGGUUUUAUUAUGAGAACUUGAUUAAUCUAACCUAUUAGGCUAUUAACAAACAACAAAGGAAAUGAGUACAGCCGGUGCAGGAUUCUACAUCGGCCGGGAGGGAAUCUGUGAUAAGAUACCUUCGAGAAAGUGUUGUUGAUGAAAUAGCCUUGUGGCCAGGAGAGAAAAAAAAACAGUUUUUUAUUGGCAAAACCAAAUUAUGAUUUAAUAGUUUGAUACACGCAAACAUAUGAGUUGAAGAGAUAUAAGUGGAAAAAGAUGCAACUUUCCAAAUCAAAAGUAGUAAUAAACGGGAAAAUAUAAUACAUAGUUAUGAAACACAAAAAAACAUAAUAUAAUAGAAUUGAAAAGGUAUAAACUAAAUAGAAAGCAGUUGUAGAUGAAAAGGUAUCAUGUUCAUAAUAUAUAAUGAACAGUUAUGAACAAAAUUAUAAUGAAAAGACACAACUUUAGGAAUUAAUUGGGAUUGUUUUCUACUAAUAAUAGCAAUCCUAAUUAAUUCCAGAGGUUGUGAAUCCACUUAUGUUGAAAGGUUGUGUCUUUUGAAAAAAUAUUUAAAGGUUGUGUCUUUUCUAAAAGUUCAAUGUUGGAAGGUUGUUAUUAUUAAUAGAUAUUGUGUAUUAUAGCAUUUUUAUACAAAUAAAUUUCUUCGGGUCGUGAUUUCCGUUGCGUGUCAGUUGCCGUUGGAGUUAAUGCAUUAGACAAGGGAUAGCUCGAGAUAAACCGCCAUUGAAAGUGGUGUAAAGCAUCUUAGCUCAAGCGGUGCGGUUGCUAAGAGACGGCAUAACUCAGAAGUGUAAGUGUUUAAGUCUAAGGUUUUUUUUUCAAUUUCGGUUAAUUUUUGUUUCUUUUUGUCCGGUUCAACUUUGUCAUCUUAGACCGAUGCCCGGUUUCUUAAGAAUAUUAUAUUUAAAAUAGUUUUUUUAAAUAAAAAACAUUUGUAUGUAAAAUAAUUUUGUAACUCAUCUGUUCGUUAAAAGCAAUAUAAACAAUAUAUAUAUACAAUGCUAUUUUAUAAAAUAUAGCAUAUUUAUUUUUAUAAAACGGUUUUCCGUGCGAUAUCGUACUUGUUCCUUACCUAGUUAAGAUAAAAAUAAGGCCAGUUUAUUAAGUUGAUGUUAAAAUAAAAUAUAAUUACGUACUUUUUAUUAGCAUCAAUUUUUGUAUUGAUGUAACUUUUUGUAUCAAUUUCGUAAGUGAUGUUAACUAAAAAAACUAAUGCCUCAGUUCUGUAAAUGAUAUAUAAAUAUAUAUAUUAGUAUCAAUUAUGUUUAAAUGAUGCAAACUAAUAAAAAUUAUAUCACUUUAUCGAAAUGAUGCUAAAUAAAUAAAUAAUAACAUCACUUUUAUAAUUGAUGCUAAAUCAUAUAUGUAAUUUAAAAUAGAAUCACUUAGAUUUGUGAUACAGUUUAAGUGAUUUAAUUCAACACAUUAUUGUAGUGAAAAAAGCAUUAGCAUCGGAAAGUUUAUUUAAAUAAUAUCCAUAGGAUCUAAAAUUACUCUACUACACCUACACUUCUGAAUGAUACAGAUAUAAGUCAUUUCACAACUUCAGACCUAACACAAAUGAAAGGUACGCGUAUGAGUUGCUUGUUAUAAUGCUUGUUAUAACUCCGGACUUGACAUAUGUGGUCACUAGUUGGUUUGGGUUAAUUCGAGCAGGAGUGUCAAGUCUCCGCCUCACCGUUGAUACCAAUACCUGCUAUGAAGCUCUGAACUUACCAAAAAAUGGAUUGAAAAAGGACCUGCAUCAUUUUAGGCAUUCAAAAUGCACUAGUGACUUGCAUAAAGGAAAGAAAGAAGCAACACCAUCACAAAUUCACAAGUAAUCAAAUGAUUAAUCAAUGGCGAUGGGAUAUAUAUGUUGCUUCGACCAAAUAGAGUCACAUUGUACAUUAAAAAUGAUAUUAUUAACUUUUGAGACUAUAUGGAUAGACUUCCGUUGUUGAGCACCGUUUGAGGAUCUUCCUCCGCAGGACAACUGCAGAAUUCAUUUUAGUUUCGAGGCCCAUACCCAAAUGUGGCCUAAGAUACUCUAGAAAUUAAUGAUUUAUAUAUGAAAACUCGAAUCUUGUUUCAGAAUGAACACAUUAUUAUCAAGCUAAAAAAAUCAAAUAUAUAUUUGAAGGUGAUCGUUAGGCAGGCACGUGUAGACUUAAACAAGUUAAACGACGUCGUGUUUGUACAAAGAAGACAACAACAGCUCACAUCCUUAUUUGAUCUGGUUAAAUGAAGAAAUAUAGUACAGGUUGAUGUUGGAAGGUAUCUUGCAUUAGGGGUAAGCACUGAUGGAAUCUUGCUUUUAGGUAUACCAUUUUCUUUGUGCACUCUUUUCUAUUUGAUUUAGUUUGUACGAGUAAUAAAAUUUGGAUAUGCAUUUGACUACUCGUUGUUAUUUUAAAUACUUAUUCAAAACCGAGUUAAUUACAAAUUACUUGCUUAUUCUAUUAUUUACUACUUAAAAACACUUAAAAUUAUUUCAAAUAUUUCCAAAAUUAUUAAAAAAUUAUUAAAUAAUAUUUUUAUAGAAAAAGAUAUUAGAGCUCGUUUGUAUUUACUUUAAACGAAAUAUGUAUGUUUAAUUCUAAAGGAACAAAAGGAUACCUAUGCUUUUUUUGUCUACUUCUUACAGUAAAAAUGUAUUUUCUAAGACUUGAGCUUCCCAAAGAUAUUUUUGUUACAGUCUAGUUAUUAUUUCUUUUCAUUCACGACAUAAAUAAUAAAAUGCAUAGAUAUUUUAUUUAUUUUUAGCAAAAAUAAUAAUAAUGAAUAAUAUCAAACCAUGCAUAUAACAUUUUGUGUUAAGAAAAUAUAUUAAGUGUUAAGAAAAAAAAAUAUUUUACCAAAAAAAAAAAAAAAGUGUUAAGAAAAUAUAAAGGUAAUUAUAUUAUAAAUAUAAAACAAACAAUGUAAUAGUUUGUUUGUACAUAUAUAAAAUGUAAUACAUAUAAAUUAUUAAUUUAUAAUUUAAAUGAGGAAAUAUAUUUAUAUGAGAUUUUUUAUAAAAAAAUAUUAUUUUUUUUCUUUUUUUUAUUUAUGUCAUAUUUUGAACAAACUCAACGUUGAACCGAAAAAAAUAUUAAUUUAGCGGAUAUUAAUUUACAAAAUUUAUACUGUAUUUGUAAAUAUUAAAACUCUACAGUAUGAUAUACAAUUUAGCAACGAUAAAUACUUAGAAAAAUCGAAACAAACGAAACUAAGUAACAAGUAUUAGUGUCAAUUUUACCAAAAAAGGUAUGUCUCAAACUUUGCAUUCUACUCUAUCUUCUCUCUUCUCCACUUCACUUGUAUAUAUUUUCUUCUACUUCAUCUUUUCUUCUCCACUUCACUUCGCUUAUUUUUAUUUUCUCCCUCUCUUCAAACUAUUUAAUAAUUUAUUUCACUGUAUUCCACAAUUUUGGUUUUAGAUAAAUACUCAACAGUUUCUUAAAAUCUCUUUUUAUUUUUUAUUUUAAUUAUCGUGUGUAAAGUUACUGAGGAAAUGCAAAUUAUUAAUUUUGUCAAAUAUUUUUACAGAUCAGUAUAGGGCUUUCAUUCCAUUUAUUGACCAAUAUCUGAGAUUUGAGAGGACAACUUGUAUAUUUAUAAACAUAUAUACCUAUUUACACAAUCUUAUUUUAGAAUAAAAUCUUACAAAUUUUGUUAACAAAAAACAAAUCUUACAAAUUCAAACGUUUCCAUAUACGGGUUUAAGGCAGGACAUAAUGACAAAAAAGGAGACGUCACGAUUAAUUCAAUAAAAAAAAUGCGAUAUAGAUAUUAAAUUCCACUAAUUGACCCUUGUGGUCUUAUAACCUUUGUAUGCAAUGUUGACACGUACAUGUGUGUGUGUGUAUAUAAACAUGAAUAUCUCUUAUCAGAUUCUCCAAAAAUUAAAGUCGGUGUUUGUGAGUGUGAUGGGGAAAGGAAAAGCACCUUGCUGUGACCAUAGCCAAGUACUCAAGAGAGGGCCAUGGAGUGAUGAAGAAAGUGAAAUACUCAAAGCUUUUAUCCUCCAAAAUGGUCAUCGCAACUGGAGAUCUAUUCCUAAACUCGCUGGAUUGAUGAGAUGCGGAAAGAGUUGUCGUUUAAGAUGGGUAAACUAUCUAAGACCAGGUCUCAAACGGGGCAACUUCACCAAAGAGGAGGAAGAUACCAUUAUCCACCUUCACCAAACUCUUGGAAACAAGUGGUCAAAGAUAGCAUCACACUUGGGAAGAACAGACAACGAGAUCAAGAAUGUGUGGAACACUCAUCUCAAGAAACGAUCGAUGAAGAGCAACUCAUCAGCAUCAUCAGAUGUUACCAAUCAAGCUCCUUCAGUGUCCCGUUCUUCCUCUUCGUCCUCCUCCUCAUCAGUCUCUAAUAACGUUAUUAAGAGCGAGAAGCUUAAUCAGGAAGAGGAGUUGGAGGAGAUCUUGGUGGAGGAUAUGGCAUGUGGAUUUGAGGUGAAUGCACCACAAUCACUUGAAUCUCUUUUUGAAGAUCGCAAGGUUCCUCCUCCUAUAACCAAACCAGACUCUCUAGAAAUCCGUGGGAAAUCAGAUGAUGAGUUGUGUCGCCAAAUGGUUGAACCAGGGCAAGAGGUUAAGAAAACUGGUCAUCAGCAUUAAUCAGCAUUUUCGUCUACAUGCAGUGUCACUUUUACAAAAAGGUCUUUACUGCUCUAUGUCUGAGAGUUCUGAAGCUAAUGAGGAAUCAUCAAGGCCUGAGGUUAAGAAAGGAUCAUACCAAUGUGAACAACCAAUGAUCUCUAUCUCUUCUGCAACUAGCUUCUCUUCUU